GGAGGGGAAGUAGCUGACAUCACAUCCUCUUCCACUAACGGGAACCUAUUUCGUCCAUCAAAUUAAUUAUAAUUCUCCUCUGCCUUUUUAAAAGAAAGAUUGCCAAAAGGAAAAAAAUGGUCAGAAUUUUCUGUCUUCUGUGGUUCCUUGCUCUGAUUUUAUGCUGCUGUGAGUCCCAAACAGACCGACUAGAAAUCAGUAUGAUCAGCAACCCUCUUGAAACUUUUGGAACCAAAGUGGAGUUCAAAUGUGACACUGACCACGUGGAUGCUGGCGUUUUCUGGGUUAUUCAGAAAUUGAAUGGCGUACUCCACUUCAUUACACAUGUUACAUCAAGAUCUAAAGAGGUAACAGGUACUCUUGAAGGCUACAAGGCUACAAAAGCUGGCAGCUACUACCAGUUAACUAUUGCCAACUUUCAGGAGAACCACGAGGGUACCUAUUUUUGUGUGCGCCAUCGCAAUCAGAAGCUGCUUUUUAGUACAGGCAUCCCAGUAUUCUUGCCAGUGACAACUACUCCUGUGCCUUCUACCACCACACAGAAAAUUUCAAUCACCACCAAAGGACUGAUAAAAGAAGAAGCUAUGAAAUGUCCCAAUUCUACAGUCAAAGUAACAACAAAUACAAAAAAUACAAUGUUCUCCUGUGAACUUUAUAUAUGGGUUCCCUUAGCUGGUGUUUCUCUUCUUCUGCUGAUAACCCUGAUAAUCAUCAUAUCACUCUGCUGUG